GUUUUAGUUCCAUUCGCGGCAUCGUACGACAUCAUCGGGUUACUUUUCAAUCGACCAAUUAAUUAGUUGAUUCGGAGUGCAAGGGAAAGGUGAUUCCUGUGCAGGACGACGACCAUGACCACCGGUGACCGGUAAUCAUCUUCAUCGCGCAUAACCAUGGUUGCCGACAGAAUUGGCGACCGGGAACGAUUGCUGCAGGUUCGCCGGCGGCGUAGGCGGUUCCAGAAGUUGCAUGAAAUCCGACACAACCACAACAUGCGGCUGCUGGUGUCGGUGCUAAUCGCUCUCACAUUCCUGAUUAUGGGAGCAAUUGGUUAUAUGGUCAACACAGUAUUCGGAGCCAUGUUCACCAACGGAAACGAGAGCUCAACGGUAGGGCUGAUGUACCCUCGCGAAUCGGAAACGCGUGAGGUGAAGAAUCUGGACGGGAUGUGGAACUUUGUCCGGUCGGAUAGCAACAACCCAUCGCAGGGUUUACGGGAGAAGUGGUUCAGCGAUGACUUGAGCAAAUUCAAGCCCACCGUCGGGAUGCCGGUGCCGAGUAGCUACAACGAUGUGACGGAAGAUGCGGCCCUGCGUGAUCACGUCGGAACGGUGUGGUAUGAUAGGAAAUUUUUCGUGCCAAAAUCCUGGGGCACUGAGGAUCAGCGGGUGUUUGUGCGAUUCGGAUCCGUGCAUUACGAUGCGAUAGUGUGGAUCAACGGAGUUCAGGUAGCGAAGCAUGAAAUAGGUCACCUUCCGUUCGAGGUGGACAUCUCGACGGAACUCAAGUAUGGAGCGGAGAACCGCAUCACGGUGCUGUGCGAUAACGUGCUACUGCAGGUAACGGUGCCGCAGGGUAAGGUGCAGAAUCAACCGGUGGACGGAGGUGUUGAGCUAGUGCAAACUUACACGUUCGACUUCUUCAACUAUGCCGGCAUUCACCGGUCGGUUAUGUUGUACACGGUUCCGCGAGUGUUCAUCCGUGACGUUGCGGUUAGCACCGAUCUGGUGGAUGAAGAAGGUCACAUCUACUACAAUAUCAGGAGCAAUCUGAACGGAACCAACGACCUUCAGGCAACGGUGAAAAUUAUAGACAAGAAUGGGACGGUAGUGGGAGUGGACAGCACCGCAGGGGCGGAGCUCAAGGGAGUAGUUGUAGUGAAAGAUGUAAAGCCAUGGUGGCCAUAUUUGAUGCAUGAGGAGCCAGGUUAUAUGUACAGUAUGGAAGUCACGCUACAGGGAAAGAGUAAUGAGGCUUCAGAGCCUGUUGGAGAGAUUUAUGACGUGUACAGGAUGAAGGUCGGUGUGAGGACAUUGGAGUGGAACAAUACGUCGUUGCUGAUCAAUGGUCGCCCGAUUUACUUCCGCGGGUUCGGAAGGCAUGAGGAUUCUGAUAUCCGAGGAAAAGGCCUUGACUAUGCACUGCUGACCAAGGACUUCAAUCUCUUGAAGUGGGUUGGAGCAAACGCCUACCGUACAUCACAUUAUCCGUACUCUGAAGAGAGCAUGCAGUUCGCAGACGAACACGGUAUUAUGAUAAUUGACGAGUGUCCCAGUGUUGAUACAGAAAACUAUUCGCAAAUCCUAUUGGGGAAGCACAAGUCCAGCAUCGAGCAGCUGAUCCACCGGGAUCGCAACCAUCCCAGUGUAGUAAUGUGGUCCAUCGCCAACGAACCCCGUACCGGUUUGUUCGCUGCGGACGCUUACUUUGAAGCUGUUGCGAAAUACACGCGCCUAUUGGAUCCUUCUCGACCGGUGACGGCCGCCAUCGCUGUGGGAGUCAACGAUGACCGAGCGGCACAGCAUCUAGACAUAAUCAGUUUCAACCGCUACAAUGGAUGGUAUUCAAAUGCCGGCAAACUGAAUAUGAUCACGAACCGAGUCGUUGAAGAGGCCAAAUCCUGGAAUGCCAAACACAACAAACCCGUUCUUAUGUCCGAAUACGGGGCCGAUACCAUGGAAGGAUUGCACAUGCUGCCCGCCUACAUCUGGUCCGAGGACUACCAAUCGCAGGUUUUCAGCCGUCAUUUCCGUGCCUUCGACGACCUCCGCAAGCAACACUUCUUCAUCGGAGAAUUCGUGUGGAACUUUGCCGACUUCAAAACGGCUCAAACGUACACCCGGGUCGGAGGCAACAAGAAGGGUAUCUUCACCCGCAACCGACAACCGAAGGCGGCCGCCUAUCUACUGAGGCAGCGCUACCACGCUUUGGGCGAGGAGCUGGACAAGAGUACCCUGCCGGAUGAUCUCUUCCUCUACACGGCCGGCAGCAGCGAGACGAGCGUGGCCAACAAAAGUGAGCUGUGAGGCGAAAACCGUGUGAAACUGUGCGGUUGUGCUCAGGAACUAGCAUUGUAUUGUUGCUUUUAUUCUACUGUAGGAAUCUUAAACACGAGUAUUGUUUGUACAUACAUAGUUUUAUUUGGUAAAAUAAAGAGAGAGAAAACGUGAGGUCGAGUCUA